AGAAAGCGUCCUGGAAAGCGUCACUAAUCAAUUUGCGAACUCCGUCAAAGAGGGAAGAGUGAGCAUCAGAGUGAGCAUUUGACAUCGGCAUUGCACGCAGACUCACGCCGAAGACAGCGUUGUGCGGAACACACUCCCCGUAGUACGCAACUACGCAGAGAACAUAGCGAACUAGGGAAUAUGUCCACCUCCUCGCACCCAUCCACCCCUCAACAGUGGUGCGCCAGCAAAUACCUCAUCGCCCAAGAUGCCCCCUUCGACGCGGUGCUCAUCGUUCUAAACCAGCCCAUUGGCGCAAAGGAAGCGUUCUGGAGGAUAUGGAAGAACACUGCAGCCCAUGUUUGUGCGGAUGGAGGGGCGAACCGGUUGUAUGACGCUUUUGUCGACGAGGGGGAACGGUCAAAAUACAUUCCUGAUUUUAUAUGCGGGGAUUUCGAUUCCCUCCGGUCGGAAGUGAAACAAUGGUAUGAGCGGAAGGGAACCCAAACCCUCCACAUCACCGACCAAGAAACUACCGACCUCCAAAAAUGCUUCGAGCUCAUCCGCCGACAAGUGGAAGGAGGCCAACAACGCGAUCCCUCCCCCCCUGCCUCCCCAACAGCCACCUCAUCAACCGGCCAGAAACUCUCCCGCCUGUUCUUCCCGCACUGUCUCGGGCCGACAAUGGUAUCUGCGGCAUCGCAGCCAUCGCAGCCAUCGCAGCAGCGGCCGUUACUGGAUGUGAUUGUGUGGGGAGCGCUUAGUGGACGCUUUGACCAUGUCAUGUCGGGGGUGCAUACGUUAUUUAUGGUGGAACCGCAGAGGAGGGUGUAUUUGAUGUCGCCGGAGAGUUUUGCGGUUUUGUUGAAGGCGGGCACGCAUGAGAUACCCUGCAGUCGCGCCCUUGAAGGCCCGACCUGCGGGCUCAUUCCCAUCGGCGUCUCGUCGGUGCGAACGAUCACAUCUGGGCUGAAAUGGAAUCUUGACCGCACAAAACCUCUUGCAUUUGGAACUCUGGUCAGCACCUCCAACGCUUUUGAGGAGUCUGAUGAGCCGGUUGUUAUUGUGAACAUCGAGACCGAUGGGCCGGUACUUUGGACUACUGAGGUGGCGCUGCAUUGAUUACGGAGGCUUUGGCUUCCUACCGUAUGUGGGAGAUUAGGCGUAGCAGGUGCCGGGAAUGGGGUUCUAGUGCACCACGGGAUGGCUGCAUGCAGGGUGAGCUUGUUCAAGUUUUAGAAAGUUACUCCUGACUUUACGGGAUAACCAACCCCGCAACCUGGAGCGAGAGCAGUCGAGCGUAUUCAAAAAUUGUGCAUAACCGUUUCGUACGAGGAAUCUAUAAUUUACAAUAUACAAACGAAAAAGAAACAAAAAAUCAAAGA